UUUGCUAACUGUAUUCCUGCACAGGGGAUCCCAGCUCACAUUAUCAUGUCGGAUUUAUUACUUUCACGGACUAGCUACACCAGCUACCUAGAGUCCGUGCAAGAACUAAUCACCUCAACACAUUUCAUGAAAAUAAACAGCGUUGGGUCUCGUAAUGCAGAUAUCUCCGUCCCUAAACUCGGAAUGUACCAGCUUGAAGUUACGUUAAAAAGAGGAUCUAACUUAGCUGCCCGGGAUCGUGGAGGGACAAGUGAUCCUUAUGUGAAGUUUAAGAUUGGUGGAAAGGAAGUGUUUCGAAGUAAGACUGUACACAAGAACCUUAACCCUGUAUGGGACGAAAAAGUCUGCCUUCUAACUGACAACCUUAGAGAACCUUUAUAUGUAAAGGUGUUCGAUUAUGAUUUUGGUCUCCAAGAUGACUUUAUGGGCUCAGCAUUUCUUGAUCUCACAACAUUAGAGCUCCAAAGUUCCAGUGCAAAUGAUAUUGCGUUGAAUUUGAAAGAUCCUCAGCAUCCUGAUCAUAUACUUGGAAUGAUACACCUGGCUGUAACGUUGUCUGCAAAAGACAACGUAUGUCUGGAUUCAACAAUGAUUAUAAAGAAGACUUGGAAAAGAUCAAGUAAGUUUCAGACACAAAGUUUACGCCUCAAUGACCGAAAAACACAACUGUGGAGAGGAGUUGUGAGCAUCACUCUCAUCGAAGGACAAGAACUUAAGGCCAUGGAUGCCAAUGGAUUAAGUGACCCUUAUGUAAAAUUCCGACUUGGGCAUCAGAAGUAUAAGAGUAAGACUCUUCCAAAGACGUUAAAUCCUCAGUGGAGAGAACAGUUUGACAUGCAUCUUUUUGAAGAACACGGAGGAGUAAUUGAUAUCACGGUAUGGGAUAAAGAUGCUGGAAAAAGAGAUGACUUUAUUGGAAGAUGCCAAGUUGACCUCUCGGCCUUAAGCAAAGAACAGACUCACAAGUUGAAGCUGAAUCUUGAAGAAGGGGAAGGCUGGCUUAUCCUCCUGGUAACUUUGACAGCCUCAGCUGCCAUCAGUAUUUCCGACCUCUCUGUCAGCUGUUUGGAGGAUCAGAAAACGCGUGAGGAUAUUCAGAAGCGAUACAGUCUUAUGCGGUCCUUUAGCAAUAUUACGGAUGUGGGAUUUCUCCAAGUGAAGGUCAUCAGAGCAGAAGGUUUGAUGGCAGCGGAUGUCACAGGAAAAAGUGACCCCUUUUGUGUAGUGGAGUUGAACAAUGACAGACUGAUGACUCACACAGUAUACAAGAACCUAAAGCCAGAGUGGAGCAAAGUCUUUACGUUCAACAUCACAGACAUCCACUCUGUCCUUGAAGUGACCGUUUACGACGAGGACCGUGACCGCAGCGCUGACUUCCUGGGCAAAGUUGCAAUCCCAUUGCUGACUAUUCAAAAUGGUGAACAGAAAGCCUACGUCUUGAAAAACAAGCAGCUGACAGGGCCAACAAAGGGGGUCAUCUAUCUUGAAAUAGAUGUGAUUUUUAAUGCUGUAAAAGCCAGCUUAGGAACACUGGUACCAAAAGAACAGAAGUACAUUGAAGAAGAACCUAGACUGUCCAAACAGUUACUGCUCAGAAACUUUAUUCGCAUGAAGCGGAGAGUCAUGGUGCUCAUCAACGCUGCCUUCUACAUUAACAGCUGCUUUGAUUGGGACUCACCCCAAAGGAGUCUUGCUGCUUUCUUGCUGUUCCUUCUUGUGGUCUGGAACUUUGAGCUCUACAUGAUUCCAUUGGCUCUAUUGCUGUUACUAGUUUGGAAUUAUUUCUUAAUUGUAUCGGGGAAGGAUACUAGGAUGCAAGAUAUGGUAGUGGAGGACAUGCUGGAGGACGAAGAGGAGGAGGAUGACAAAGACGAUAAGGACAGUGAAAAGAAAGGUUUUAUGAAUAAGCUGUAUGCCAUCCAGGAAGUGUGCGUCAGUGUCCAGAGCAUUCUUGAUGAAGUUGCAUCUAUUGGCGAAAGGAUAAAGAACACAUUCAACUGGACGGUUCCAUUCCUAACCUGGCUGGCGAUCAUGGCUCUGUGUGUUCUCACAGCAGUGCUAUAUUUUAUACCGCUUAGAUACAUUGUCCUUGCGUGGGGAAUCAAUAAAUUUACAAAGAAAAUUCGAAGUCCUUACAUGAUCGACAACAAUGAAGUCCUUGACUUUCUAUCAAGAGUUCCAUCUGAUGUACAAGUGGUGCAGUAUCGAGAACUGAAACCGGAUCCUAACCAAAGCCCGAGCAAAAGGAAGAAAAAUAAUCUUGGAUAAGAAACUCUACACAUCAGGGAGAGAAGCAUCUGGUUGCAGGAGAUAAGAAAGUCCCCUCAUGCAUUCUCAUUGUUUAUGUUAUCUUAUAUUGUAUUUUUUUUUUAUCACGAUGGAGAAAAAUUGUAAAUAUUGUAUAAAGGCAGAUACCACUGUACAAAAAGAAUUUGAUAAAAUUUGGAAGUUCAUAUCUUGCCGCGUGUGAAUGGUUUGCGUUGGCCACUUGAGUGAUGCUUUGAAAGAUACAGUUGAAUUGGGAUCCAAAAUAAUGUAAAUUAUGUUUUGUUAGAGUGGAAUAUGCUAAGAUCCUCAUUCAGAUAUCCACAUUUAUGUAUGCACAUACAUUAGCCAAAAAGUCCUAACUAUACAGAGAAAGUUUUGUUUGGUUUGUGGAAGACGAACAUUGCACUUUACGAUUUAGUGCCUAAUACUUGCCCGGUAAGAUCACAAUACAGCUGUUGGAUCGACAUUUUUGUCACCGCCAACCAGCCUUAGAGACAUACUAGGCUGGCUGAUGUAAGUUACAGGUUAACAAGUCGAGAAGGGCAGCUAUUGCACUGUCCAUACCCAAUAAAGUAACUUUGUUUCAGUAACAUUAGCUCAGGAUUUUAUUAUCUGCAUAACGUGAUAAGACUUAAAUGCCGACUGUCACCAAUUCUUCGUUUCUUGUUUUCUCCAGUUUGUUAGAUUUAAUAAAACAAUGUUUUUUGUUUCUUUUUUAAUCAUGUAUAAUCAAGCUAUUUUAUCUGGCUGAGCAGUCAUGUUGGGUCAGGUUCAGUUGUUAUCUGACCAACUGGUGUUCAACCUAACUUGUGAUUUCUCUGUGAAAAUGCAGCAACAGGCAAC